UCCAGGAGGUUGGAGGAAGAUGAUGCGGCUGAGCGGACCUCGUGCGUAUCGCGCCACUCUUUAGACGUAGAUAUAGGCUAUAUAUAUAUAUAUUUUUUUUUUCACUUGCCUUGUCUAGUUUCUUGCCAAAAUAUAUUUGCUGCUCAAUGUGGAGGUGCGAGCGUAGCGACGCAGAAACUGAUUAGAUAUUGGUCAGAGAAGAAGGAGAAGAAAGAAGAAGAGGGGCGAAGUGAACGGGGUUGGGCAUCAAAUUGCACCGGAUGUCAUUAUACACUGUUAAUUAUCAAGGACUUUAAUCACAAGCAACGGUAGAGCCAUGGAGGUUGUAACACAUCUUGUGAACGACACAGUAGAGUUUUAUAAAUGGAGCCUUACUAUAGCAGACAAGAGGGUGGAGAACUGGCCGAUGAUGUCAUCUCCCUCUCCCACCCUGGCCAUCAGCUGCCUGUACUUGAUCUUCCUGUGGGCGGGGCCUAGGUACAUGCAGGACCGCCAACCCUUUACACUCAGGAAGACCCUCAUAGUGUACAACUUCAGCAUGGUGGUCCUCAACUUCUAUAUCGCCAAAGAGCUCCUACUAGCAUCAAGAGCCGCUGGAUACAGCUACCUGUGUCAGCCUGUCAACUACUCAAAUGAUGUGAAUGAAGUCAGGAUAGCAUCUGCUCUUUGGUGGUAUUACAUCUCCAAAGGGGUGGAGUUCCUGGACACGGUGUUUUUUAUACUGAGGAAGAAGUUUAACCAAGUCAGCUUCCUCCACGUCUACCACCACUGUACCAUGUUCAUCCUCUGGUGGAUCGGUAUCAAGUGGGUCCCUGGUGGACAGUCAUUUUUCGGUGCAACCAUCAACUCUUCCAUCCACGUCCUCAUGUACGGUUACUAUGGCCUGGCUGCCUUGGGACCUCAUAUACAGAAGUAUCUCUGGUGGAAGAAAUACCUCACCAUAAUUCAGAUGAUCCAGUUUCAUGUAACCAUCGGCCACGCCGGUUAUUCGCUCUACACUGGCUGCCCAUUCCCCUGCUGGAUGCAGUGGGCCCUGAUUGGCUAUGCCGUCACCUUCAUCAUCCUUUUCGCCAACUUCUACUACCACGCCUACAGACGCAAACCUUCUUCGCACAGAGGCGGCAAGCCAGUGGCCAACGGCACAUCGGCUGUGACUAACGGCCACAGCAACUUGGAAGAAGUGGAGGAAAAUGGGAAGAGGCAAAAGAAGGGAAGAGCGAAAAGGGAGUGAAGAAGAAAGAGGCGCGUGCCUGGUAACAAUCUAAAUGUGGAUGGAGAAGGAGGGAAGGGAGGGGAGACAGUCAUUCCUGCAGAUAAUGUAGAUUGACGUGAUUCGGGACCAACUUGAGGAGAACAGCGGGUGUCGGGUGUGUGUUUAUGGGCAAGUCUGUAAAAGCUUCUGGUUUUAGAUGGAAGACAGUUGUGUUGGUUGUCUGCAAAACAGUUUUUAAUGAAGAAAAGCAAAAUGCUGACCACAUAGGCUCCACGCUCGUCUGUCCAACUGUGUUUUGGACCCUGUUAGGACCAAAAUGUCCCAGAAAAUGCACACCUGCUCAGCAUUUACAACCAAAAUUCACCUCCAAUUUUGUACUUUGGAUUCUAAUACUGCUUUAUCUAAGAGCUUAAAUAGUUAAUGUGCUAAUUUAUUUGCUAGUGCUCUAAAAACUUUUUGAUUAAUUUUAAGUGUUACCAAAAUAUUUUUUUUUGUUAUUUAAAUCUUUUUUGGAGGGGGAGCAGGGGGUGUGGGUGGGUCACAUUAUGUUUACAGAUGCAGUUGAUUUAGAUAUGGUUAUCAAAGAAAUUUACAAAAUCCUUAUGUUUGCCAUCUGCUUUAUUUAUAUUGCCUUGCAAAAGUGUUACUACCCCUUGAUUAUUUUGUUUAGCCACAAAUUUCAAUAAUCUUUACUGGGAUUUUAUGUGGCAGAUAAACACCAAGUAGCAUUUUUUUCAGGCUACAAAAAGAAAAGAAUAAUUUCUUGACAUUCAUUUGUACAUACACUGUAAACAAUCUUUCACACAGCUGCACGUUUUUGGUGUGUUUCUGUAAAACUGGCGAAAAAAAUGGCCCAGUCUCAAGUCUUUUGCAGACUUUGGCAGGAUUUAUUUCUUAUCAACUCUGAUCAGUUUUCCUGUCUCUGCUGAAAAGAAGCACACGUACCAUGAGACUGCCACCACCAUGUUUCACCAUGAUGUGAUGAUGCGUUUUCUUUCACUCACAUGUUGUUGUUUUUUUUGUUGUUUUUUUUUUUGCAUUCGGGUCAAACAGCUCAACUUAAGUUUUAUGGCAUUAAACCUCCUGUUUCUCAUGUUAGCUAUUUACCUUACAUGACUUGUGGAAAACUGCAGAUUAUGACUUAUGAGUGCAAAGCUAAUAGUUUUCUGUCAGCAGAUUAUUCCACUGAGCUGUGGAUCUUUGUUGUUCCUUCUGAGUUACUUUGAGGUCUCUUGGCUGUGUUUUUUUUUUACUUAUGCUCCCCUUAAAAAAUUUAAAAACAUGUAUCUUUUUCCUUCUACUUUUACAAUUUGCUCCGCUUUAUGUUGGUGUCUCACGUACAGUCCCUAUAAAGUAUAUUGGAAUUUGUAACUUGAUACUGUAAAAAAAAAAAAAAAGUUCAAAGUGUACAAAUACGUUUGCAAGGCAUUGUUACUUCUUUGCAGUCAUCUACAGCAUCUUCCAGUCCAACUGGUUGUGGACGGUGCAGUUCUUGGCAAAAAUUAAGACUGUGCUGCAUUUACAAAAUUAUAUCCUACUACCUUUUUGUUCGGAGAUAAAAAAAAAAAAAAGAAAAAAAAAAGCUGAUUUGAAAGACUUGGGAUAAAACCUUAGAGUUGUUUGGAUUUUUAGAAAAAAGUUGAUGACCCUGUAAAAAAAUAUACAUCUUUUUUUUUAUGGGUCUUCACACAUUAUUUCCUUUUACUGUGCGUCAUAGAUGAGUUUCAAGGAUAUUGUCUGACUGCCACUUAGGACCGCAGGGAAAUUCAUCCUAAAGGAAAAGCUUUUUUUUUUUUUUUUUUUUUUUAAGAAAUCAACAGGUAAUUUUAUUGUCUUGUCUAAAGAAAGGUGACUGCUUCCUGGCUGCACAAUUAAAUGAAAUAAAGAAACUGUCAGCACUGCA